AUAAUAAUAAAUUAUUCUAAAGGUUUGAUAUAUAAGCUAUGCUCAUUAGAUUUAGUCCUUAGUCGCCUAUCCUCGCGGUUUAUCAGGAUAAAUCCAGCUAAAAUGGUAAGUGUGGCUAAAAGGAACGAGGAAAUAAACCGGAUGAUCGAGGCGGGAAAAAAGCUAAUCAAGAACUCAGACGAUGACAUCGUUAUAUCCGGCAUUGCGGGUAACUUUCCUGAUGCCGACGGUAUGGAAGAAUUGGCUUAUUCGUUAUACAACAAAGUCGAGAUGAUAUCGGACGACGAUAGGCGAUGGAAAUUAGAUCAUCCUGAAAUUCCGCAAAGAACUGGAAAACUGAAAGAAGUAAAGAAAUUCGAUGCUUCGGCUUUCGGCGUUCAUUUCAAUCAAGCCGAAAGUAUGGAUCCUAUGAACAGGAUCUUAUUAGAAAAGAGCUACGAAGCCAUCAUUGAUUCAGGAAACAACCCAUUCACUCUCAAGGGAUCGAAAACUGGUGUAUUUAUUGGAGCUUGUUUUAGCGAGUCUGAAAAGACAUGGUUCUACGAAAAGCUUCAGGUCGACGGAUUUGGUGUAACUGGUUGCGUACGAUCUAUGUUGGCCAACAGGGUAUCCUACGCUUAUGGAUUUGACGGUCCUAGCUACGUCGUAGACACGGCCUGCUCUUCGAGCAUGUACGCCGUGGAACAGGGCUACAACGCUAUCAGGGAGGGCUACUGCGACAGUGCCAUUGUCGGAGGAUGCACUCUCUGCCUCCACCCCUACGUGUCAUUGCAGUUCGCCAGGCUUGGGGUCCUGUCAUCUGAUGGAAAGUGCAAGGUCUUCGACGAACAUGCAAAUGGUUACUGCAGAUCUGAAACUAUUGGCUGUAUAUUUCUACAAAAGAAGAGAAACGCAAGAAGAAUUUAUGCGACAAUGGUCCACGUGAAAACUAACUGUGAUGGUUACAAAGAACAAGGAAUCACAUACCCUUCGGGAGAGACUCAGCAGAAACUUUUACAGGAAUUUUAUGAAGAGUGUAUGAUUGAUCCAUCGAAAAUUGCUUGGGUUGAGGCCCAUGGUACAGGAACAAAGGUCGGAGAUCCAGAAGAAGUGACAGCAUUAUAUAACGUGUUUUGCAAAAACAGGAACGCUCCAUUAAAAAUCGGUUCAGUAAAAUCAAACCUGGGGCAUACUGAACCUUCAUCUGGUAUAUGCUCUAUUGCGAAGGUGAUCCUUGCCAUGGAAAGAUGUUUGAUCCCGCCCAACAUUCACUUCAAUACUCCAAGAUCUGAUAUAGAAUACUUUCACACAGGAGAAAUUCAGGUCGUGACGGAACCGACGCCAUGGGAAGGUGGUAUGGUCGGUGUCAAUUCCUUCGGUUUCGGAGGUGCCAAUUGCCACGUCCUCCUCGAGUGGAAUCCCAACGGUAAGAAGAAUGGCGGAUUGCCAGAAGAUGAUAUUCCCAGGUUGGUUAAUAUAUCCGGUCGUACCGUUGAAGCAGUUGAUUAUAUUUUAAAAUAUCUGGACGGAAAUAAUAUGGAUGUAGAACUAAUUAAAAUGUUUCACGAUAUUCAUAAAGAUGAAAUUCCCAGUCACUUGUACAGAGGUUUUAUUAUACUGACUAAGGAUAAGUCAUUUUCACAAAAACGUGUUGAGUACUGCGGAAUGAAGAAAAAAGUAUAUGCUCAGUUUUCGGCAUUUUGUACCAAUUGGAAACCAUUCGACAAAAGCCUUUUCCAAUUUCCAGUUUUCCAUCAAUCCCUAUUGAAGAUGAGCCAGGCCGUCUCCAUUGACAUACCAUACCUCAUAACUGAUUCCAGUAAUUCUAUGACGAAUCCAGUAGAUUAUUUUGUGGCAGUGGUUGCAUCACAGAUUGCUUUGUACGACCUUUUGACUUCCAUAAAUGUUUCUGUUGAUGGGUACUUUGGAUUGUCUUUAGGAAACCUGGUGUGCGCAUAUGUAGAUGGCUGUUGUACGGCAGAGGAGGCCAUUCAAGCCGCAUACCAUAUUGCUGUUAUUGUAGGACAAUCAGCUGGAAACGGACAUCAAAAUGCUAUCAAAUCAAACCUAUCUAUGUUGUUCAAGUGCUUAGUCUCAUCAAAAUCCAAAAUCAUGGAGGUCCUCAAGAAGAUUUUUACUUCUGGCAAAGCUAGAAGCCAGAAGUGGCUUAGUUCUUGUGACGAACGUAAGUGUGACGCUGAUUUCAUGUUCAAAAAUUUAAUUUCGAAUAGUGAUAUCAAUCUUGGAGAUGAUAGCACAUCCCCUGAAGACAUCCUCAUCCUCAACAUGGGACCGAAAGGAAUGUAUGAAAAUCUCGACCAUGCUUCCCUUGAUAUUGUCGAUAACAGUGGAAUCGACAGUUGCACUUCUCUGUUAGUCACAAUUGGAAGGUUGUUUAAUAAUGGUUUGGAAGCAGACCUGUCCAAAUUAUACCCUGAGGUCUCAUAUCCCGUGUCUCGAUCUACGCCAAUGAUCGCUCCUUUAGUCCGCUGGAACCAUGACGACGAUUGGUAUGUUACCUCCUACCAACUUCAGAAGAAAAUCGGAUCCGGAGAAAGAACAAUCAGCGUUUCCCUUACUGAAGACGAAUCAGAGUACAUCUCAGGUCACGUCAUUGACGGCAGAAAUUUAUUCCCAGCCACUGGAUAUUUAACACUUGUGUGGGAAACCAUGGGACUCAUGAAAGGUGAGCAUUACACGGAAGUUCCAGUUGUCUUUGAGAACAUUCGGUUUCAGAGAGCUACUAAUAUGUCAAAAGAUGGUAGUGUCGAUUUCACCGUGAUAAUUCAGAGAUCCAGCGGCAAUUUCGAGAUUUGGGAAGGAGGAGCGGCUAUAGUAUCUGGAAGAGUAUAUGUCUGUGAAGAUAUUAACAAUUACAUGGUUCCUCUGGAUGCUCCAAUAACAACUGACAAGGAGAUGCAAUUUUCUACGAAAGACAUUUACAAAGAGCUCCGUUUAAGAGGUUAUAACUACAACGGUCUGUUCCGAUCUAUCACCGGAUUAAAUAUAACAGAUAAAAUUGCGAAGGUGAGAUGGCACAAAAAUUGGGUGGCUUUUAUGGACAACAUGCUUCAAAUCCAAAUGAUGUUUAACGAUACACGUGGUCUUUUUGUUCCGACUUCCAUUGAACGAGUGGUUUUGGAUGGAAAGAAACACGUUCAGUCAACAUUCUCUCUUCCAGAAGAUGGGGACCAAGAUCUCGCUGUCUACUACUUCCAAGAUGCAGAAUUGAUAAAAUGCGGUGGAAUUGAAAUAAUGGGUCUGAGGGCUGAUGCUAUUCCAAGGAGAAAAAAUUUAGCUGAAGCUGUCUUGGAAAAAUAUGAAUUCGUUCCUAAUGUAACAGACACUGAGGAAUAUAAUAUGGAGCAGACCUUAAGGAUAUUUAUGCAGAUUAUUUUAGAAAAUGAACUUACUAUUAAUGUGAAGGCUGUUGAAAUUUCUAGUAAAAACAACAACGAAAUCAUAGCUCCGACUGUUGCGGAUAUACUUUCUGAUUUACCCCUGAUACAGACUGACAUAACAGUACUAGGAAAUCCGAAUAACUACGAAGAAGCUCCACCUCCUGGAGUUACUAUCGAAGACAAGAAACUUACCGGCGACCAGUCGUCAUUAUUAGUUAUGGGAAAUAAUUUAUUUAGCGAAUCACAAGAAAUCAGCCUGGACGAUAUUUUGAACGUUCUCAAACCAGAGGGUUACAUCAUAACAAGAGAAGACAUCAAUACAAAGAUUGGAAGUGAAAAAGUGGUUGUCCUCUGUUCCCACGUAGUGGGUUCGGAGAGGAUGUUAUUACUAAAGAAGGCGAAGAAAGCCGAAACCGGAACGACAAGUGUAUUUACAGUAUCUGACGAAGAUUACAGUUGGAUUGUUCCAUCUCAGAACGCACUUAAAUCAAAGGAUUGUACAAAGGUUAUCUUCCUCGGCCCAUUUGAGGAACAAAAUGGAGUUCUCGGUUUCGUUAACUGCAUCAGGAAAGAAUCUGAAGGCCAGAAAGCAAAAUGCGUACUUCUAUUAGACAACGCAAUUCCUGAAUUUCAACUCGAAAAUACAUUUUAUAAAGAGCAGCUUGCAAAAGACCUAGCAAUAAACAUUGUUAAAAAUGGCAAAUGGGGAACUUAUAGGCAUUUGAAAAUUGAAGAGGUGACCAGGAAACCAGCCUUCCACGUAUUCACUAAUUUCCUAACCCGAGGUGAUCUAUCCAGCUUGAAUUGGAUUCAAGGGCCUAUCACAGACAUGAAUGGAAAUAACAAGGUGAUUAUUAAUUACGCUGCUCUCAACUUCCGGGAUGUAAUGUUGGCUACUGGGAAAUUAGCGGCAGAAGUCAUCGCCACAGAUAGAAAAGCACAAUCCUGUAUUAUUGGUUUCGAAUUUGGUGGAAUUGACCAGAAUGGAAACCGUGUCAUAGGUAUGUCCCAAUCAGGAGCUCUAAGUUCCAUUGUUGAAGUCCAUAAAAAUCUUACAUGGAAUAUACCUGAUAGUUGGACCAUGGAAGAUGCUGUAACUACGCCAGUGGUGUACUCAACUGUACUGUAUGCUUUUAUAGAAAGGGGAAAGAUUAAGCAAGGAGAUACUAUUUUGAUCCACUCUGGAACUGGAGGAGUCGGCCAAGCAGCGAUACAUGUAGCAUUGUUCAAAGGCUGCACAGUUUUCACAACAGUUGGCACACAAGAGAAACGAGAUUAUAUAAAAAAACAUUUUCCUCAGAUAAAGGAAAGCCACAUAGGAAAUUCCAGAGACACGUCCUUUGAACAAAUGAUCAUGAGAGAAACCAAUGGAAGAGGCGUAGAUAUUGUUCUAAACUCGUUAGCGGAAGAGAAGUUGUUGGCAUCUGUGCGAUGUUUAGCUAAAGGUGGCCAAUUUUUAGAAAUAGGGAAAUUCGACUUAUCUAGAAAUAAUCCAUUAGGCUUGGAACUAUUUGCUAAGGGGUGCAGUUUUCAAGGUAUUCUCUUAGAUUUGAUCUUGGAUAAUCAGAAUGGGAAAGAAGCAGAGGUUAUACAAAAUUUAUUGAAAGAGCAUAUUAACAAUGGUUGUGUGAAACCAAUUAAUUAUACUGUUUUCAAGCACGACCAGAUUGAAGCAGCAUUCAGGUACAUGACAACUGGCAAGCAUAUUGGUAAAGUUAUCAUUGACGUAAGAGGUGACAAUCCAAAUUCAUUGUCAAAAAAUGUUCCAGCGAUGAUUGAAGCUCUUCCACGUUUCUAUUGCAAAUCACAUAAGACAUAUAUAAUCAUCGGCGGUCUUGGUGGUUUUGGACUAGAAUUGGCUGAUUUAUUAGUUCUCAGAGGAGCGAAGAAACUUGUGCUGACUUCCCGGAGGGGAAUAACGAAUGGUUAUCAAUCUUACAGGAUCAAUAUUUGGAAGUCCUACGGUGUAGAUGUGCAGGUGUUCACUGAUGAUGUUACAAGCGAAGAAGGGGUCAAGUCACUACUCGAAAAAGCAUCUGCAUUGGGCUCUGUUGGAGCAAUCUUCAAUUUGGCAGUUGUUCUAAAAGAUGCCGCUUUUGAAAAUCAAACUGAAGAUGACUUCAGAUGUUCUUUAAGUCCUAAGGCCAAGGCGACUAAAUACUUGGAUCAGAUAUCGAGAAAACUCUGCCCUGAAUUAGAAAAAUUCGUCGUUUUUUCAAGCGUAAGUUGCGGAAGAGGAAACGGAGGCCAAACAAAUUACGGAAUGGCUAACUCCAUAAUGGAGAGGAUAUGCGAAAAGAGGGUGUCUCAAGGGUUGCCUGGCCUGGCUAUACAGUGGGGUGCGGUAGGAGAUGUUGGUCUUGUUGCCGAAAUGAUGGAUGAUCACAACGUUGAAGUAGUUAUAGGAGGUACUUUGCAACAAAGGAUAACGUCCUGCUUAGAAGUCAUGGAUGAAUUUUUAAUGAAUCAAACAGGAAUCGUGGCGAGUAUGGUAGUUGCUGAAAAGAAAUCGAGAGGCUCUUCUUCAGACAGUAUUGUUGGCACAGUUGUUAAUAUUUUAGGAAUAAGGGAUUUGAAUACGGUCAGUCUCCAUGCCAAUUUGGCUGAACUUGGUAUGGAUUCAAUGAUGGCGGUGGAAAUAAAACAAACUCUCGAAAGAGAAUUUGAAGUAUUUUUGACGCCGCAAGACAUUAGAGGCCUGACUAUAGCAAAACUUCAGGAGAUCGCCGCAGCCAAAGCAAAUGAAGAUGCAAUCACAGAUGAUGGGAAGAACACAGAACUUCCUAUACAAGAGCUUGAAAAAUACCUCACGCAUAUGGUGGCAGAACCUGAAAAUUACGAACCUAUUGUAAAAUUGAAUUCAUUACCAAACGACGAUAAUAAAAUUAGGAAGAAAUUAUUUAUGAUUCCUGGCGUUGAAGGUUUCCCUAUUAUUUUUGAAAAAUUAGCAAAGCAUAUGGAUCUUGACGUUUUGGGCAUUCAGCUCGAUUACACAACUUAUUCAGAAAGAGUAGCCGAAAUAGCUGCUGCAUUUGUUCCGGCCAUAUUAUCACAUCUGACCGAUAAAACCUUUAACAUUGCUGGAUACUCAUUUGGAGGCUUGAUUGCUAUUGAACUGGUUCGUCAACUAGAAAAUCUUGGCUACCAAGGAAAUCUGAUUUUGAUCGACUCUUCGCCGGAAUUAAUGAAACAAAUGGCAUAUACAGAUUAUUCAGAUAAAUUAGAUAACGUUGCACAACUCAAUAUAAUUUUGAAGGUGUUCGACUAUAUUGGCGCGGGUAAAGUUAGAGCCGAGGUGAUGGAGUCAUUACGACAAAUACCUGAAUGGGAUUUGAAACUAGAUUUCAUGCAGCAAACGUAUAAAGCGAAAUUGCCUAUAAGCGAGAAAUUCUUAAAACAAUUAUUCCAUGCUAGUUAUUGUAGGUUAUUAUCAUUAUAUGAAUUUGGUGACUUCCCAGAAAAGUGUAUUUCAUCAAAAGGUUCACUAAUUAAACCUAAAGAGAAACUUUCUGCUGCUUUAAAUGAGGACUAUGGAUUGUCAAAGUAUUUCCAAAGUCCAUUUUCUGUGUAUAGUGAGGAAGGAAAUCAUAUCACAAUAUUAUCUAAUUUGAAAACAGCUACAACAAUCACUGAAAUUAUUAACCAUGAAGAACCUUCCCUAGAAAAAAUGUCACUUCUUCACCCACCAGUCGACAUUACUGUAGUGAGAGAAAAUAUUAAACAAAUUUAAUGGGACUGAAUAAUUUAUUCAGACUUAUAUAAUUGUAUGUACAAAUUACUUAUGUCCAUAAAAUAUAAUAAAGAAUAUUUAUCAC